ACGAGAGCAUUUCUCUCGUCUUCUGCACUGCACUUAAAUGCAUGUAAUAACCAAAGAGAUGGUCCGUCAUGCGCCGUGGGCUCCCACACGGCCACUGAAAUGGCGGUGCGGUGUUAGUCGGCGACAGUCAGGUCGGACAUAUGCUUUGCAGGCGGACAAAACAUUACAACCUUCUGUGCGACCGCACACUGCACCCAUUGCCGCUCAGCCUGACACGGAAAGAUCGUAUUCAUAUCACAAUUCUCUUUACCAUGCUGGCCACGGCACCUCCUUUGCUAUAUUUCUACUACCAAUACCGGAAGUCUUACGUGGAGGAGAAGAGACAGCGGAUGCUGCGAGAUGCUCAUGCGAGGCUGAAUGCUACAUCUGGGGCCUGAACCCCCGUGGACUAGGAUGCUCGCUCGGGGUGGAAGGCCACAAAGAAGUCGAAGCCAUGCAAUCUGGACUUCGAGAUAACUCGACAGCGGGCUGCCGUGCUCUAGCAUCGGCUUCUUCACGGUCAGCAACAGACGCAACGAUACGUGGAACAUUGCAUUGAUACCAAUUGCGCCGUAACAUACAGCAAAUCAUGUCGUACCUACUAACCCACCAUGACUAUGCUGAAGCGCGCAUGUUCAGCGCUCGGAGAGCUCUAAGAGCCGCGUACGAUGAGCGGCAGUUGUUUCGCAAUGCAGCAAUCGCUGCACAACAUGUCGUAAACUUGCUCAAGCUCUCUGUGGUUCUCGACAAGGCAAUCGGCACCUGAAGUGCUGCGUACAGCAGAGGUCACCAGAUAAGCUGCCGCUGCCGUGCGAAGCGCUCGUAAAAGACGCAAAGUCUGCUGUCGAUGCUCUAGAGACGGCUAGUUUAAGGACAUUCGAACCAUGGUAGUAGAACACGAGGCGAGAUAGUCGAAGCCGAAAUUGAAAC